CAUUUACAUACGUACUACCGUAACAUGCAAUUCAAAUCGCGUGUUAAAUUCAAUUUAAUCACAAGGUUACAUACUAUUUACAAGAUAAUAUUUUAGCACAAGUACGUUAUAAGGUACGAAGUCUAACAAAGUUUCACUUUUCAAAUUACAUUUUGAUGCAAUAAAUCAUUAUUAACAAGAACAUUUUAAUUAAUAUGCAACGACAGUUACAUAAUAGUUAUCGACUAUUCAAAUAGAAUCCUUAAAGUGAGUGAUUUAAUAAACGAUAUUCCCUCAUUCAUCCAGUUCCAGUUGUGUUUCAAGUUGAUAAUCCUUUUAGUUGCGUAAGAGACAUCAUUUCAAUUUUGUCACGCUCCUUAACUGGUUCAACUAUUCAACAAAUUGCGAGGUAUGCUAAGCAGUACACUUCUGAAGCAGUAUAUUCUGUAUAUUAAUAGAAACGUCUAUUUACAAAAAUUGAAAUGCAUACAAUGGAUGAACGAACCAGCUCUCCCUCAAGAAGCCUAUCGUCCCACUCCAAUAGAGCAUGUUGCCAACAUUAUCACACAUGGUAUUUGGAUACUUCCUAGUAUUUCAGCAACUCUAGAAUUAAUUAGUAGAUCUAAGGAUGGUGAUCAAAUGCUCUCUGCUCUUAUUUAUGGAGCAACUCUGAUAUUUUUAUUUACUGUAUCCACUUCAUUUCACUGUGUAUUCUUCUGUAAGGGAUGCAGUCAACUAAAAGAUGUCCUCCAUCGUUGUGAUAGAGCCAUGAUAUAUGUGUUCAUAGCCGGAUCGUAUUUCCCGUGGCUUACUCUAGAAAAAUUUCCAAUAGAAGGUAUGGCUUCCCAGAUGCGAUGGGUAAUAUGGUUUCUAGCCAUCGCUGGCAUCUCCUAUCAACAAAUCUUCCACGAAAAGUACAAAAUGCUCGAGACUAUCUUUUAUCUCAUCAUGGGUGUCGGACCCGUUCUUCCUAUUAUUCUUGAACAUACUUUUAAAGGCAUGAAAGAACUUUCUAUAGGCGGAUUAUUAUACAUAACAGGAAUAAUAUUUUUUAAGAGCGACGGUGUGCUGCCUUUUGCGCACGCCAUAUGGCAUUUGUUUGUUGUGCUCGCUGCGUAUUUCCAUUACUAUGCUAUACUCAACUAUUUGUAUCCUAUAUCUACAGAUUGACGGCUACUGCCAGAGAAAUAUAUAUUGUAUGCUCUAAAAGUUGUAUCUCAGUAUUUGUAAAACAUAAUUUGACAAAACUCGAGUUGGUUAGAUUCUAAUUUUUAUAAAAAUGCUAAAAUACAUUUUAAUUGAUGUAAAUUUCUAAAAUAUUCAUCAAUACGCUUUCAGUAUUAUGUUACAUUGUAGAACUAAGUAAAUUGACACUUUGAUAAGAGCUAUUAAACUAUUUUAUAUCAAAUGUUAGAAAUUUGGUAGUUUUCUCGCUUUUCUAUAUUUGCGAAUUUUUUUAUUCAUAAAUAAAAAUUCUUGAUUUAUUCUACAUAUCUUUUUUGUGGCACUUACACCUUUAUUACUUGGUAAUUUGCUAGUGUUUUCUUGGGGUUUAGGUGUUGGACUUUCAGAACUUCUUCAGUACUUGUAUUUAUUGUUUAGAAUCAUAUUUUACUAAGUAGAAUCCUUUUAGACCCUUCAAAUAAAUGAUGAAUAAUUCUAAUAUUCACAAAGUUACUGUGAUGCUAAAUAACAGUCAAACAUUAAUGAAAAAGUCAGGUUAAUGAACUAUUAUUGUUACCAAUUGUAGGCCAUUUUCUAAUAGGCUAUUAAAUUAGAGAGUGGAAAUUGAAGAUAGGGAUGAAGAUGCAACCCUUACAGUUUUUAAAUUUUUAUCUCGAAAACGAAGCAAAAUUCAGGUAUAGUUAAUAAAAAAUGUUUUGUAGAGAAUGCGAUUUCAUAUUGAAAUAGUUCAUUUUUUUUUUUUCAAUCUUAUGACUUUGUUUAUAAAUCGGUCAUAUUAAAAAUAUUGACUUUUUAUUGACAAAUUAACUUAAAAUACUUUUUUUAUUGACAAUUUUUUAGGACAUAAUAGCCUAUAAUGCAUAUCAAAUAAAUAUACAUAUUGCCAAACAUGUAUUUAAAUUAAAGUUGCAAAAGUAACUAAUCAAGAGAUUGAAUGAAAUUUAAUUAUUUAUAACCAAAAAUGUAUUUUGAGCAUUUUCAUACAAAAUUAUGAUUUAUUUGGUUCUUAAUUAGACUGAAACAAUAUGUAAGCGAAUGUUUUUUUAUAUAUUUUUGUGAGUGAAUCUUUUUAAGAACCAACUUCAAAAAUAAAUGGUUGACCUAUUCAGUAUUCUGCAAUAGAGAAAACUAACAAAUAGAUAAACCAUUCAAUUUCAAACGGUUCUGUAUAUAUUAAUAUUCAAGAUAAUAGAAGAAAGAUUAGUAAAGUGAAGUGUCUUUUAUCGAAGUUCGGGUAUAACUACUCUAACAGUUUCAGGUGAUUCCAACAUCGCAAUGUAAUUUUAAUAGGGACUACCAAAUCUCUGAAUUCCUGUAAUAUACCCGAAUUUCGAUUAUUAUUCAAUGAUUGCGUAUUUUAUUAAAAAUGUGAAAUAGAUGUAUCCUUAAUAAGAGCGGGUUUUCGUGAAUUCAUUUAAAUCAAUCACGAGAAACUUCAGCAGAAGGGAAUCGAAUGCAGGAGGUUCAAUAUAACCAGAGAAAUGUUUAACCUUCUAUGAAGGCCAUUAUUGAAUUUACUGUAAAUAAUGUUACAUCUUGUAGCCAAAGUAUUUUAACUAUUUUAUUAUGUGUCUGAAGGUAAAAAAAACAAGGUGUCGCAUUGAUAAUGGGAGAAAAUGUGAUCCAAAUAUAGCGAUUUAAUCAAACAUGUUUGGAAAAAUGAAUUUAAUCUCGAAUUUACUAACAUACUUUAGAAUAGUAUAUAACAUAACUAAUGUGGAAAGUGAUAUACAAUUUCCAAUGACUUAUGUACACUAUUUUUCCUACGACCAAAAUAGUAAUCCAAAAUACAAUAGUGUAAAAUGUAUUGUCUGAAAAAAUACACUACAAACAGUAAACAAGUUGAUAUUAUUAUAUAAUAAUAAUUGUAGAUUUUAGAGUUAAUGUCAUGCAGAAGAUAAAUUGAAACAAGUCAAAAAUCAUCUUCUAUUGUACAUUUUAAUAAAAAGUAGAUAUGUAGCAAAAAAUGUAGCUAAAUUUGUAGAUAAUAAUUAUUCAUCAUACUAGUUUGAUAUUUUUCUAUUAUAAGCUAUUUUUGAAAAACAAAUCUAUCAUGUGUAGUUUUAAUGGGUGGUCGUAGGAAAAUCAACUUUCUUUAUUUUUCCAAUAGUUCCGUGUAGUAAUUAUGCAAUAAGGGAAAUAAUUAGGAGUAUUACUUCAUUUUAAUUGGACCAAUGAUAUUUUUGGUUGAAAAAGGUUACCAACUUUUGUGCCAAACUAUACAUCAUUUUAGUACAAAAGUGCAAUACAUUUUAUUUUCCAUUCAAAAUAUAUUUUUAUUUCGAAAUUCUCUUGUCAUUUUUUUUAAUCCAAUAAAUUUCUAACGACUUCCAUUGGAUAAUAACUUAUUUUGUUUAAAAAUAUUAUUGGACCAAUUGUAAAUUAUCCAUAUACAGUGUGUGUGUCUACUUUAAGUCGGCUAUAUAUGGGAAACUUUUCUAUUAUUAGUUUUAUGAAAAAAAGUUAUUCUUUAUAAAAAGUUCUGGAUGGUCUAAAAUUAAAAAUAUAACUAUUAGAUAUUAGUUUUUUUAGUCAUGUACGAGGUUUUUAAAAAAAUAUGAAUUUAUUUUUAAUAAUAUCGAAUAUUGUUUUUAAGUGAAGUUGAUCUGAAUUACAAAAUGCCUAAUAAUGUAGAAGAGCACCUAGAUAAUUUUGAAUUGGAACCUAUGCCAUAUUUUUAUGCGAUUUUUAUACUCUAUUCAUAAAUUGCUUCUCGUUUUCUGCAAAAAUAAAGGUGUUAUUUUUACUACAUUAGUAAUUUAUGUCUACACAUUGAUAUUAUUUAAUUUAGAACACAUUGAAAAACAAAUUAUAGUCAGAAAACGUCCAAACACUAGUUAGAAUUUAUAAUAUAAUUGAAAUUGAUAUAUUUUAGUCUAGGAUGCACUGACAAAUUUUUGACAGUGAAACGUCAAAACACUAGUUAGAAUUUCUAAAAUACAAAAAAUGGAUAAUCUGACCGUACUUUGCAAUUCCGAUCAACUUGAUAAUAAUUUUCGAUAUUGUUAAAAACAAAUAAACUUGCAAAAAAAUUCGUAUUUUUUGACAAACCUCGUACAUAACUGAUUUUCUUUAUGUUGGGUUAUAGACUAUGCAGAAAAUUAGCAAAAAAACUAAUAAUAAAAAAUUUCCCGUAUGGUCCUUGCUUAACUAGGCACAUUAUAUAAACAAUAAACAAAUUUAGAAUUGUGUUCGAUUAAAGUAACAAUUAAUAAUGUCUUCUUUGUUUUUUAAAGAAACGAGGCAAUUUUGACGGAAAUAAGUUUUAACAAAAACCCUAGAAUAUAUUUUAACCUACACUGUUUCUAUUUUAUAAAUAAUAAUUAAAUUUAUUCUUAAAACAAAAGGUGUUUCAAAGUGGUUUGCUCAAUAUUUUAUAACUGUAGCUUAGCGUAAAAAAUAUAAUCUUCAAUUUUUUUUUAAAUAUAUUAAUAUUUAACACCUAGUAUUAAUAUACAUUAUAUAAAAUACUACUAGCCAUGUUUCCUACCUCUUCAAUCUUCAAUGAAAUUGUAGUACAAAUUUUUCUUAUUUUCGUCAAAAGCGUCUUGUGUCUUUUACACAUUUUUAGCAUAUAUUCUAAAAAUGCUAGGUAUCGACUUAUGUCCCUUAUAUAUGGUAUACAGUGCCAAAACUCAGUAAGUGAAUUUUAUCAAAUUUUCCUUUGAAACCUGUCCAUAGUAUUUAUAGGAUUUAUUGGUAUCUAAACGCGUAGUUUUAUUGAUUUAAAAUAGUCGUAUCUGCAGUGAAUGGUAAAUGAUAUAAAAACUAAACCCUUUAUUAAAAAGAAAUGUAAUUCUGUAUUUUAAUAAUAUAACUUUUGUAAAUCAGCGGGUAUGAAGUGAUACACAAAAAAUAUUUUUUAAAUAGGCCAUGGAAAAAAUCACGUAUUCCCAAACAAAUAUUCUUUUUUUUAAAUGACAGUUUGGAUUUAAUCCAGAGGUGUUAAUCAGAGAGGUGACUCUUGCCUUUGUCUUUGCUUUGCCUGCUUUAGAAAGAUUUUUUGUGGGUUGGAAAUGUAAAAAAAAACAACCAAUGUACUUGCUUUAGAUACAGUAAAUGUCAAAGGACGCUUAUUUUUAAAUACAAAAUAUUGAAUAAAUACUCUGUUUUGACAUGAAGAAACCGAACAACACUAUAAUGAUGUAUUUAAAAAAAAUUAUUUGGAAUAUGUGCUAAUAUCUCUAAAAAAUAUUGUAGAUGGUUGUGGUGGAUGCUGCUCAUCCUAAACAAUGUGACAUCACGUUGAUAUAUUUUUCUUUAGGAUGAGUUUAUUUUUUUACAUUGUCCGCCACAAUAAUGUAAAUGUCGGAUUUAUAAUCAUUGAUCUCAAAUUGAGAUUUUCUUGCCAAAAUUCUGUAGUUCUAUUAUAAUAAUUAAUAUUUAAGUUAGUAUUUAGUAAUCGAAUAGCUCACAUUGAUACAUUGAUGUUAUUCAUUAGUGAUAUUUGUUUAGAUCUGAGAACUGGUACAUUUUAAGAAUUUCGAAGAGAUUUUGGAAGGAAUAUUUUUCUGAUUUUUGUUUAAAUUGUGAUUUUUUUGUGAUACUUGAUUUAUAUGGUAUCAUAUUUAUUAACAAUUGUUUCUCUACAUAUAUAUUAUAUUAUUUAAUUGAAUGAAGUGGAAGUUUUUUUUUACUCAACUCAUAAAAUAUCUACUAUAUCUAGUUAUCUUAAUAAAGUUUUACAUAUUGGAUAAGAAGAUACAGUUUAAAUUAUAUUAUACCUUAUAUGUACCAUUUUAUUUUCACCCCUACCUUGUGCCUAAAAAAAUUCCACUCAAAUAUUUUCUGAUUCAUAGAAAUAAUUUAUUUUUCACUAUGUAUUUUUAUAUUAUUAUUUUUCAGUUAAGUCAGUCAUACUUUUAUUGUAAACUGAUGUAAUAAAUA